AUGGGUGGCGUGUUGUGGCAGCUCCGCUGCCUCUCCAUUGUGUUUUAUCGGUGUAAACUCAGAGAGAAUGGGGCAAGGAAGAUGGCAGGUGGUGAUGAAGGUUUCUCAGUGGUGUUGGAGGUUUGGGUUGUCCUCAGGAGGGAAGAAGUUAGAGGGAGGGAGAGUGGUGGUGGUGUUGUUUAUACUCGAGUUGGUACCACCAAGAUGAAGAAGAGAAGGCUUGGCCUUUGGCUGAAAUCAAUGAGAUCGAUGGGAGAAUCUGAGGUAGUGUUGUUGGGGUGGCCACUAAGCAUGUUUGGUGCAAGGGUUAAAAUUGCUUUGGCUGAAAAGGGUGUCAAGUACGAGUACAAAGAAGAAGUCUUCCUACACAACAAAAGCCCUCUUCUUCUCAAGUGCAACCCGAUUCAUAAAAAAAUCCCAGUUUUGAUUCACAAGGGAAGAUCUGUAUGUGAAUCCAAAAUCAUAGUCGAGUACAUUGAUGAGUCGUGGAAGGGUGAAUCACCAUUGUUGCCUUCAGAUCCUUAUCUCAGAUCUCAAGCCAGGUUUUGGGCUGACUAUAUUGAUAAGGUUAUAUAUACCGUUGCGAUGAAAUUCAAUUCGGGCCCAAAAGGUGAAGAGAUGGAAAAAGCAAGGCAUGAAUGCUUGGGGUACCUCAAUGUGUUAGAAGGGGAGCUUGGGGAUAAACCUUAUUUUUUGGGUAAUGCCUUUGGUUAUGUUGAUAUUGCAUUGAUGUCUUACUACAACCAUUUCUUUACAUAUGAGAGUCUUGGGGGCUUCAGUCUUAAGAUCGACAGUCCAAAGUUGUUUGCUUGGGCUACAAGAUGCAUGAAAAGGGAGAGUGUUUCCAAGAGUCUUCCGGAUCCACAGAAGAUUUAUGAUUAUACAAUUGUAUACCGAAAGAACAUUGGCGUAGAAGACUAGUUUGGAUUAAAUUAGGUUGUUUGUUUUAUGUUAUUAGGAAAUCAAUCCGUAUGUUGUGGGAUGCUUCUCAUUAAUUACGUUGAAGAAUUCAAUCCAUAUCUCGUGGAUUGUUUCUUAAUGACAACUUGACUAGUAAUUAAUGAUUUGUUUUGUGAUUGGAAAAUGUAAUUUUUUAAUAUUUGUAUGUUAUUUUUCCAAGAAUUAUUUUCAUGAACGACGUGUUAAUAUAUUUUUUUUACCAAUGUAUUGUUGUGGUUUACUUGAAUGGUUUUUGUUUGUA